AUGUCCGUCAAAUCACGAGUAGCGGCCGUAACGGGAGCAAAUAAAGGCAUUGGUCUCGCAAUCGUCCGCGGUCUCGCCCUCGCCUAUCCGACCUCACCUCUCGCUCGAGGUCCCUUCCAAAUUUACCUCACCGCACGCUCCUCCGAGCGCGGCGCCGAAGCCGUCAAAACCCUCCACGCCGACCCCGAACUAAAAGCGGCGAAAGUGCUCGUCCAAGACGGCGGCGACACGACCAUCACCUUCCACGCCCUCGACAUCAGCCAAUCGAGCAGCAUCCGCGAGUUCCGGGACUUCCUCCGCGAGCAACACCCCGACGGCAUCGAUGCGGUAAUCAACAAUGCGGGAAUCGCGAUGGAAGGCUUCGACGCGAAUGUGGUGAGGAAGACGCUGGAGACGAAUUACUAUGGUACACUGGAGGCGAGUCAGAGUUUACUGCCGUUGCUGAGGGAGGGAGGGAGACUGGUCAAUGUGUCGAGCAAGUCGGGCGUGCUGAAUAAGUACUCCGAGGAAGUGACGACUGCGUUCCGGGAGGCGGCGAAGACGAGCAUUGAUGCUGUCACGGCGGUGAUGCAGCGGUUUCAAAAGGCUAUCGAUGAGAAUCGUGUCAAAGAGGAUGGAUUUCCGGAAGCGGCGUAUGCAGUCAGCAAGGCUGGCGAGACGGCGUUUACAAAAGUUCUGGCUAUGGAGGAGAGUAAGAAGGGGAGAGGCGUGCUGGUCAAUGCAUGUUGUCCUGGGUAUACCAACACGGAUAUGACGAAGGGAAGAGGGAGAAAGACGGUCGAACAGGGUGCGAAGACGCCGAUCAAGUUGGCGUUGGAGGAUAUCGGUGGGACGUUUGGCGAGUUUUGGGAGCAUGAAGAGGUCAGCGAGUGGUGA